AUGACCCCCCGCAGCCAACGCCAACCAGAAGGAGAAAUACGAGGCCGACCUGAAAAAGAGAUCAAGAAGCUGCAGAGGCUGCGGGACCAGAUCAAGACAUGGGUGGCCUCCAACGAGAUCAAGGACAAGCGGCAGCUCAUCGACAACAGGAAGCUCAUCGAGACGCAAAUGGAGCGGUUCAAGGUGGUGGAGCGGGAGACCAAGACCAAGGCGUACAGCAAGGAGGGGCUGGGGCUGGCCCAGAAGGUGGACCCGGCGCAGAAGGAGAAGGAGGAGGUCGGCCAGUGGCUCACGAACACCAUCGACACCCUGAACAUGCAGGUGGAUCAGUUCGAGAGCGAGGUGGAGUCGCUGUCCGUGCAGACCCGCAAGAAGAAGGGGGACAAGGAUAAACAGGACAGGAUCGAGGCCCUGAAGCGGCAGGUGGAGCGGCACCGCUUCCACGUGCGGAUGCUGGAGACGCUGCUGCGAAUGCUGGACAACGACUCCAUCCCCGUGGACCCCGUGCGGAAGCUGAAGGAUGAUGUGGAAUAUUACGUGGAUUCCUGCCCAGAAGCCGACUUCGAGGAGAAGCGAGUUCCUUAUGAUGACCUGGACCUCGAUGACAUCCGUAGGGACAGAAAAAUGGGGUGA